AUGAACUUCUUGACGGCGGACGGGCUGGCUGUCUCUUAUCCCGCGUGGACUUUUCGCGGGCAGAGCGUUCACACCGAUUUACUCCCUGGCUCGUCGUCGGCACAAGACUAUCAGUCAAAAGUGAUGGACUGGGGCUGGGUGACCACACCACAACCCGUGAUACAGGGUUCCGCCUUCCAUCCAAGUCAACGAUCAUUCGAUGACGAGCACUGCUUCCGCAUGUGUUUCGGCACCCCUCAUCCCGUUCAACCACUCCCGCGAGCGGAAUCCACGAUUUGGGUAACGACAGAUGGUGACAUGCAAGACGAUGCAGAGGAUGACUUCAAUGGUCACGUCGUCCCAAGUUCUUUGUCCCUCUCUCGGCAACUUCACAGAAUGCGUUCGUCUUUGCCACCCGACACGGUCUCUGCAUACGCUAACCCUGUGCACCACCUGUCGACGAAUCGUGGAAUAUCACAGUACCUCGCGGACAUGAUACUCGGCCACCUUCCCCUCAUCGACAUGUCAAUCUUGCGGAAGGCCAAUAAAUUCUGGUACUCGGUGGUUCGCAACUUUCUUCGGCGUAAACAUCGCUCGGUUCUGCGUGAGUAUGUAACGGACGACAUCGCGCUUCGCUCCGUCAUGCGGGCCACCCGAUCAGUCAUAUCCGGGUCCGAGGCGCUGGACUAUUGCCUUCACGGUACACUCAACCCUUCGUUCACUCCGACCGACCUCGACAUCUACACAAACUGCGUGUACGCCAUUCUGGUCGUGCGCCAUCUCAUGAAGCACGAGGGCUACGAGUGGAUUGCGAGCGCCGAUAGAGAGGAUGAUAAUGAGGAGGAACGGGUGGAAGAGUACGGUGGUGCCGUGACGGCGUUUUUCUGGGGGACUCUUGUCAUGAAUUGUUUGACGGCGGACGGUUUCGCGAUGGCAUACCCGACCCUGACGACGAUAGGCAGAGGUCUUGUGUCGCCGAUCAAUAUUCCAAACCUGGUGAUUGAUGAGUGCAUCGCAAAGUACGUGGGAAGGGGAUUUGAUAUAGACGUAUUCUCUCGAAAUGUGAUAUCUGCGGACAGUAUCACGUCUGGCGUCGAUGACGGAGCUCCAUCAAUUACGACACUGGCGAAAAGGCACAGGAAAGACACAAUUCUGUGGAACUGCCCUAACACGUACAGAGAAUGGGGUGACGAGGGCUGUCUCGGUAUGCCCUUUGACUCGGGUCCCGAAAAGGCUCCCGAUUGGACGAACGGAGGUACCGGCUGGGUGAUGGGCGGGCACGACUGUGGAGGAGAGUGCGACUAUAAUAUAAGAACUUGUCGGCGGCCCGAUUCUCAUGAGUCGUCAAAUAUGUCGACUGUCUCCGCUACCGACCUUUCAUCCCGAGGAGCUCUGUUCAGUGCGUACGCAGACACCCUCCUGUCAGGCUCAGUCGACGAUGCCUUCAACUACAUCAGAUUGGUAUCGAAUUCUGGAGGGUCCGCUCCCGCAAGCUAUCCUUUCGCAGUGCUGGACAGUAGAACGGCGAAACCCUUGACACUUACGGUGAGGGGUGUUGUGCAGGAUUUUGCAUUAGGCGAGGAAGGUGACGGCGGAAUGCAUCCAUCCGGUUUUGGUGGCUGGGAGUUGAUAGCCUUUACAAGGCUUGUCCCCGGUUACGCCGCUUGGUAUGACCAAUUUCGUGCGCAAAUGCGCGGCAUCGCAAACAUCAUAGAGGCUAUUUUUCUGCACCUCGGUCUCCCCCCCCCGGCCAAUACCAUCGACCUACCAACGGCUCUAGUUCUGAGGAGACGUUUGCUACCAGGAGACUUCCAUCCGGAGGUGCAAGUGCAGGCGUGUGAUGGUGGGCUCUGCGCGGCUCGCGAUGGCGACUUAGACGUUGGAGAUUUGGUAGACGUUUCGGCGUGGUUCGAUAUCGCCGUGAUGAAAGGGAGCGAUGGGAUCCCUAGGACUGCGGUUUUCCUGGCGUUUGACCGCGUUGUACGGAUUAGGCGACAAACGGAAAUAGAGAUGAUGGAUCGGGUAGGGCUGUUUGAGCCUUCGCUGAUGGCUUCGAGGUUUGAUUACGUUUACGGGGAGAAUUUAGGGUGGACGGUCUUCGACUAUCUGAAUGACAUCGCCGCGACCGACGAGGAAGCACUGACAAUCGCCCGCGAGGGAAACAAGAACAGGGAGGGUGUACUGCAAUCGGGUGACAUAUGA